UGUACAUACAUAAUGCUGUAUGUAAAUCGCAUCUCAUAAUACCACACCACGUGAAAUACAUCACGUUAGUGCUUAAAUAAGUUAACCGAGUGGUUGGUGGAAUAUUUUAUGCCGGCAGCACGUAUCUCAAUAAUAUUUUAGGAAAUAAAAACCAGGAUGAGUUCGGCAGGGACUAUCGACACGAAUUGUAUGACGUUGACGAGGUUUGUCCUAGCUGAGCAGCGCCGAGCCCCAGAUGCGACUGGGGACAUGACCCUCCUCCUCACGACCAUCCAGGCCGCCGUCAAAGCAAUCUCAUCCGCUGUCCGGAAAGCUGGACUGGCUAAAUUGUACGGCAUUGCUGGACAAACAAAUGUUCAAGGAGAAGAAGUAAAAAAGUUGGACGUACUUGCAAAUGACUUGUUUAUCAAUCUCAUGAGAUCUUCCUACACAACAUGUUUGCUGGUUUCGGAAGAAAACGAGAAUGUCAUCGAGGUUGAAACUGAGAAGCAAGGAAAGUAUAUUAUUUGUUUUGAUCCAUUGGAUGGAUCUUCCAACAUUGACUGCCUUGUCUCCAUUGGAUCUAUUUUUGGAAUUUAUAAGAGACUUUCCAAGAGCAAUCCCACUGUAGAGGACGCUUUGCAACCUGGAAAAAGUCUUGUUGCAGCUGGAUAUGCAUUGUAUGGAUCAGCAACAGCUUUGGUCUUGUCCACCGGUCAGGGCGUCAAUGGGUUUAUGUUAGACCCUGCGAUUGGGGAAUUUAUUUUGACGGACCCCAAAAUGACUGUACCAUCUCGGGGAAAGAUUUACAGCAUCAAUGAAGGAUAUGCCGGCACUUGGGAUGAUGCUGUGAAAGAAUAUGUUGAAUCGAAAAAGAACCCGAAGACUGGGAAGCCCUACGGUGCUAGAUAUAUUGGAUCGAUGGUGGCAGAUGUACAUCGAACUCUAAAAUAUGGGGGGAUCUUCAUGUACCCAGCAACAAAGGAUGCUCCAAGUGGAAAGUUACGAUUGUUAUAUGAAUGCAACCCUAUGGGCUAUAUUAUGGAACAAGCUGGCGGAAUUGCAAGUAACGGGAGCAUCUCGAUCCUUGACAUCGAACCCAAAAACAUCCAUGAACGUUCCCCAAUUUUCCUUGGCUCUAAAGAUGAUGUCAACGAUGUUUUGGCAGUCAUCGCUAAAUACAAAAAAGCCUAACAUAUUUAUGGGUGUAAGGUGUAACAAAACAUACUGAACAAGGAAAUCGGAAACAAUAUAAAGUGAUAAUUCAAAUUAAUACAUUUGUGGCAUUUUUAAUUUGGUUUGUUUAUUUCAAAUAAAGUCCAUUCAUUCCAACAUACAUA